AUGGAGGCCAGACUGGUCUUACUGUUUCUCUCAGGUGUUGUUUUUGUGGAGUGUGUGACGGUCAACCACCGCCAUCAAACUUCCUUUGUGUUUGUGGAGAUGAAUAUGACCUGGAUGGAGGCCCAGCAGUACUGCAGGGAGCGCUACACUGACCUGGCCACCAUAGGCAACAUGCAGGACAUGGAGAUGAUGAGGACCAGAGCCAAAGGCUACAGCCGUGGUUUUGCCUGGAUCGGGCUGCAUCAGAGUGGAGAGCCCAGCUGGAAGUGGUCCCUGGCGGAGGAAGGGUCAUGCAGUCUUGAAGAGACUGGAUUCAUUGCAUGGAGAACAGGAGAACCCAAUGGUGGGGACGAUGAAGAAUGUGGAGUGAUGGACUACUGGGGCGUAUGGGUGGACAGCUACUGCAGGGAACACCACACAGACCUGGCGAAUGCGAGGAACCAGGCGGAAAACUCAAAGAUAAGGAAUGCAGCCAGAGGAGAGAAUGUUUGGAUUGGCCUGUUCCGAGAUGACUGGGUGUGGUCUGACCAGAGUAACUCCUCCUUCAGGUACUGGAUAGCAGGCACCUCUGAUAGCCCUGGGAUGGACAACUGUGCAGCAGCAAAACUGACUGAGGAAGAUGAAGGCCGGUGGGGGAACCCCAAGUGUGCUGAGAAGUUUCCAUUCUUCUGUCGCUCGGAUCAACUGGUGCUGGUGUCUCAGAAGCUGACCUGGAAGGAGGCGUUCAUGUACUGCAGAGAGCAUCACAUGUAUCUGGUGAACGUCUUUACUAAGGAGAUCCAGACCAUGGUGAUGAAGGCAGCCACAGGUGCCACCACCCCUCAGGUGUGGCUGGGCCUGCGCUUCAUGUGCCCCCUGGACAUCUGGCACUGGACCACCAGGCAGAGCGUCUGCUACACCAACUGGGCCGCGGGAGGCUGGACUGGGAGGGAGGAGUGUGGGGCAGGGAGGGAGGGGAGGGCAGGGGCGGUGCAGUCCGGAGAGCAGCAGCAGUGGGUCAGCCUGCCCGAGAGCACCAGACUCAACUUCAUCUGUGCCACUGAGGAGGGUGAGUGA